AUGGGAAACUGGAUAAUUAACCACGGGAUCUCAGGUUUGAUUCUGGCUGUUUGGUUGGGGCUGAAUGUCUUCCUGUUUGUGAAUGCCUUCCUGUUGUAUGAGAAGGCCGACAAGUACUUCUACACAAGAAAAAUCCUGGGGUCGGCACUGGCCUGGGCCCGAGCCUCUGCUCGCUGCCUGAAUUUUAACAGCAUGCUGAUCCUGAUUCCUGUGUGUCGAAAUCUGCUGUCCUUCCUGAGGGGCACGUGCUCAUUUUGCAGGAGUACCCUGAGAAAGCAACUGGAUCACAACCUCACCUUCCACAAGCUGGUGGCAUAUAUGAUCUGCCUACACACAGCUAUUCACAUCAUUGCACACCUGUUUAACUUUGAACGAUACAGCAAUAGCCGAAAGGCCACAGAUGGAUCUAUUGCUUCCGUUCUUUCCAGCUUGUAUAAUGAUAAGAAAGAGGAGAAUUAUUGGCUAAAUCCCUUCCACUCCCCAGACAUGACAGUGGAGUAUGUGACAUUCACCACCAUUGCUGGUCUAACUGGAGUGAUCAUCACAAUAGCUCUGGUUCUCAUGGUGACUUCAGCUAUGGAGUUUAUCCGGAGGAGUUAUUUUGAGGUCUUCUGGUAUACACACCAUUUAUUUGUCAUCUACUUCAUCGGCUUAGGGCUUCACGGCAUUGGUGGAAUUGUUCGGGGCCAAACACAAGAGAGCAUGCAUGAGAGUGAUCCUCGUAAGUGUGAAGAGUCUUUCCAGACGUGGAAUGAUCAUCACCCCAGCUGCAAGAAUCCCCGAUUUGAAGGGCACGCCCCUGAGUCUUGGAAGUGGAUCCUUGCACCACUCAUUCUUUAUUUAUUUGAAAGGAUCAUUCUCCGAGGUUAUCGCUCCCUGCAGAAGGUUGAGAUUAUCAAGGUUGUCAUGCACCCAUCCAAAGUUUUGGAAUUGCAGUUGACCAAGCGUGGCUUCAGCAUGGAAGUGGGACAGUAUAUUUUUGUUAAGUGCCCCUCAAUCUCUUACCUGGAGUGGCAUCCCUUUACCCUGACUUCUGCUCCAGAGGAAGACUUCUUCUCCAUUCAUAUCCGAGCAGCAGGGGACUGGACAGAAAAUCUCAUAAGGGCUUUUGAACAACAGCAUUCGCCAUUUCCCAGGAUUCAGGUGGAUGGUCCCUUUGGCACCGUCAGUGAGGAUGUUUUCCAGUAUGAAGUGGCUAUGUUGGUUGGAGCAGGAAUUGGGGUCACUCCUUUUGCUUCCAUUUUGAAGUCCAUCUGGUACAAAUUCCGGCAGGAUGAUCGCAAGCUCAAAACACAAACGAUCUAUUUCUACUGGAUCUGCAGGGAGACAGGUGCCUUUGCCUGGUUCAAUGACCUAUUGGCUUCCCUGGAACAGGAGAUGGAGGAAUUAGGCAAAGUGGGUUUUCUAAACUACCGUCUCUUCCUUACCGGAUGGAACAGCAACAUCGCUGGUCACGCAGCAUUAAACUUUGACAAGGCCACUGACAUCCUGACAGGUCUGAAGCAGAAAACCUUCUUUGGGAGACCUAUGUGGGACAAUGAGUUUUCUGCAAUAGCCACUGCCCAUCCCAAGUCUGCGGUGGGAGUUUUCCUAUGUGGUCCUAAGAAAAUGGCAAAGAGCCUGAGCAAACGCUGUCGCCAACACUCCAGUCUGGAUCCUAGGAAGGUUCAAUUCUACUUCAACAAAGAAAACUUCUGAAUUAUAGGAAUAAGGACGGUAAUCUGCAUAGUCUCUCCUUUGUAUCUUCAACAACUUACUUGGUCUGAUCAGGUUUGGGCAGCUGCCACUGAGGGAUAAUAAUGUGCCUCUCAAGCCUUGAGUCCCUGGCAUUCUUUUUGAAUUGGAUUCAACUUUGUCGUCACCGAGCUUUCACGAACCUGAGAACACCAGGAGUCACGAUAAUCCAAAGCCCAUGGAUCCUUUCUUGGGAAAAUAACUGUAAAUCCUUUUGGAAUGCCAUGACCGCAGCAAGGCCUGCUAGUAGAGGAGGUUGAC